AGAAAGAGGCCCAAAGGCCGUGAAGGUAGAGUAGAGAAGCCGGAAUUCCAGCAAUGGCAACGGCGACGGUAGAAAAACCACACGCAGUGUGCAUACCUUAUCCAACUCAAGGUCACAUCAGUCCCAUGCUGAACCUCGCUAAACUCCUUCACCACAGGGGCUUUCACAUCACUUUUGUUCACUCCCACUUCAACUAUGCCCGUCUCAUCAAAUCCAGAGGCCCUUCUUCUCUCUGCGGUCUGCCCGACUUCCGAUUUGAGUCCAUUCCCGAUGGCCUCCCUCCUCCAGAUAACCCCGACGCCACCCAGGACAUCAUCGCCCUCUCUAUCUCCACUGCUAACAACUGCUUCAUCCCGUUUCGCAACCUAUUGGCCAAACUCAACAGUGGGGCGCCGGAGAUCCCACCGGUGACUUGUGUGAUUUACGAUGGGCUGAUGAGCUUCGCACUUGAAGCUGCUCAACAAGUGGGAGUCCCUGGAGUAGCAUUUUGGACUGUCAGUGCUUGCAGCUUCAUCUGCUUGUUACACUUUCCUCAUCUCCUGGAAAGAGGUUUUACACCUUUCAAAGAUGUGAGUUGCAAAACAAAAGGGAAUUUGGAUACCAUUAUUGAUUGGAUACCUGGAAUCCCAAAGAUCCGUCUAAGGGACAUACCAUCUUCAACCCGAACAACGGACCCGAAUGAUGCAUUCCUUGAGUUCAUCAAAGGUGAAAUAUCAAGAGCUUAUAAGGCUUCUGCUAGCAUCCUCAACACCUUCGAUGCCUUGGAACGUGACGUUCUGGAUUCCCUUUCCUCCAUGUUGAAUCGGUUGUACACUAUGGGUCCAAUGCAUCUUCUUCUCAAUCAAAUCCAGUAUGAAGACACCAAGCUUAUCGGCUCCAACCUAUGGAAAGAAGAACCUGGCUGUUUCCAGUGGCUGGAUUCCAAGAAACCCGGAUCUGUAGUUUAUGUGAACUUCGGUAGCAUCACAGUGUUAAGUCCAAAGCAGCUAAUUGAGUUUGCAUGGGGACUUGCUAAUAGCAUGCAAACAUUCCUAUGGAUAAUCCGACCCGAUUUGGUGAUGGGUGAGACCGCCUUUCUCCCGCCGGAGUUCCUAACGGAGAUCAAAGAUAGAGGCAUGUUAGCCGGUUGGUGUGCCCAAGAACAAGUCCUGAUCCACUCUUCAGUCGGAGGGUUCUUGACGCACUCCGGCUGGAAUUCUACGUUGGAAAGCGUGUGUGGCGGCGUGCCAAUGAUCUGCUGGCCGUUCUUCUCCGAUCAGCAUACCAACUGCUAUUAUAGUUGCGAGCAUUGGGGGUUUGGGACGGAGAUCGCUUACGAUGUGAAGAGAGAGGAAGUGGAGAGGGUGGUGAGAGAGUUAAUGGAGGGAGAGAAGGGAAAGGAGAUGAAGAAGAAGGUAAUGAAAUGGAAGCGCAAAGCUGAAGAAGCCACCAGCCCAUGUGGGGGUUCUUCUUACUCCAAUUUGAACAAACUGAUUCAGGAAAUUCUUCUGCCCAACAAAAGCAUCACCUUCAAUUAAUUUCAUACAUGGCUAUGGAUUUCUAAUGCUUCCUUAUCUUAUGAUGAAAAGGCACCCGCUUCCUUUUAA